GGUAAAAUGCAGUUUUUGGCUCAUAUCUCUGAAACCAAAGCAUUUAGAGCAAAUCUGACGAGAAUGAAAUUGUUUAUUAGGUCAAGAUUUAUCUGCCCUGAAAUUUUCAGACCAAUCAGACAACAUGUUGUUGAGUUGCUGCCCCUGAAUUGGUAAUUUUAAGAAAAUUUUGCAGCUUUUGGUUAUUAUCUUGAAUAUUAUUAUAGAUAGAGAUAAACUGUAAACAGCAAUAAUGUACAGCAAAGUAAGAUCUACAAAUAAGUCAACAUGACCAAAAUUGUCAAUUGACCCCUUAAGGAGUUAUUGCCCUUUAUAGUCAAUUUUUUACAAUUUUCAUAAAUUUUUUUAAUUUUUACAAAAUAUUUUCCACUGUAACUACUGGGCCAAGUUCAUUAUAGAUCGAGAUAAUUGUAAGCAGCAAGAAUGUUCAGUAAAGUAAGAUCUACAAACACAUCACCAUCGCCAAAACACAAUUUUGUCAUGAAUCCAUCUGUGUCCAUUGUUUAAUAUGCACAUAUACCAAGGUGAGCGACACAGGCUCUUUAGAGCCUUUAGUUUAUUAUACCAUCACAGCAUAUAUGAAGAUUGUAGUGGUCCUAGUCAUGCCAGUCAGGAUCCUUUUUCGGUUAAAAAUUUAGAAUGCAACAGUAGCUAUGAUCAUCAGAGCAAAUGCCCUAGUUUAAAAGUGGAAACAUUCAAGAGUAGCAUAUUUUGUACUCCAAUUAUUGGUCCGGUAGAGUGGCUAUUUCCAAAUUUGUAUAUACUUAUCAUUGACCAUUGAUGACACCAUACCAUAAUAUUUAAUAAGGGAUAAAUAUACAAAUGUAAAUUUGCAUGUUUGCAUGAGUUUUGUUGUUCUUUACAGUAUGGAUGAUACCUGCACAAGUAGAAAACAAUACAGAAAAGAAUACAAGAGACAGUGGAUAGCUGCUUCAAGAGCUUUGAGGCAGUCGUCUAGUCAUGCUAUUACCCAAGAAAACUUAUUUAACAAUUACAACAGUGAUGUUGAGCAUCACUUCAAUCAUGAACAAGAAGAUGAAGAUGAGGGCAGCCUAUGUAGUUCAUCAUUCAAUACUUGUUUACAGUUGGCGUCACAUGAACUGGAAGAAAUAGUUCCAGUAUCAGAUAACAGUUUCCCUACAAUUGAUCUUGAAGAAGAUGAAGAUGAUUUGUUUCACUUUCAUUCAAUAACGACAGACCUAGAAAAUGUUUUGGACUCUGAUUAAGAAGAUUUUGAAAUUGAAAAAGAUACUAUUUUAGCAAAUGAUCUUGCUCAAUGGGUGAAUGAAAAUUCUAUUGAACAUAAUGCUGUUGAUGCUCUUCUAGGUGUCUUAAAAAAGCAUGGACACUCUUCAUUGCCAUUGACUGCCAGAACAUUGUUAGGAACUAUGAAAAAUGUAACAACAGAAAUUAAAUCAGGCAUGGAAUAUAUUUUUUUUGGUAUAGUUAAACAGCUGCAAUCUUGUUAUUCUUCGCUCUCAGAAGAAAAACAGAGUGAAUUGUCAGAAGUUAGCUUAUCAUUCAAUAUUGAUGGUCUACCAUUGUUCAAAAGCACUAACACAUCUCUGUGGCCUGUCAUUUGUAAGGUUCACAUCAAGCCUGUUCAAAUUUUUCCAGUUGCCCUAACAUUAGGAAGAUCUAAGCCAUCAAAUCUAGAUUUUUUGAGAGAAACUAUAAGAUAAUUAGACAAUGUACUUCAAAAUGGAUUUCCUUCUGGCAAUCGCACUAUUAAAGUGAAUUUGAAAGGCAUAGUGUGUGAUGCUCCUGCUAGAGCCUUUGUCAAAGGAACUAAACUAUACUGCGGCUACUACGGCUGUGAUAAAUGUUCCCAAAAAGGAAAUUGGAUGGGUAGGAUGACUUACCAAGAUAUUAAUAACUUGAGCUUAAGAACAAAUGAAACAUUAAGAAACUCUUUAAAUCAAGAACAUCACAAUUAUCUCUCUCCAUUUUGUGAUUUACCAAUGGACAAAUUAGACAUGAUUAAACAGUUUCCUUUAGAUUACAUGCACCUAGUAUGUCUUGGUGUAAUGAAGAAGUUACUUAUAACUUGGAAAAGAGGCAAAUUGGAAGUUAGACUGUCCAAUCAACAAGUUCAAGAAAUAGGUCGCAAACUAGUUAGAUUACGAUCAUUUGUUCCUGAAUUUUUUGCCAGAAAACCGAGAAACUUGGAUGAAAUUGAUCGAUGGAAAGCCACUGAAUUCAGACAGUUUCUUCUGUACACUGGCAAAAUUGUCUUGAAAAACAUUUUGAGGUCAGAUAUGUAUAAGAAUUUCAUGGCAUUAAGUGUUGUAAUAUCAAUAUUGGUAUGUUCAAGUUCAGUCCAAAAUCAUGCUGACUAUGCACACAAUCUGCUCGAGUAUUUCGCUGAAAGUGCAAGAAUAAUUUAUGGUCCAGAGUUUUUGGUUUACAAUGUACACAGCUUACUUCAUAUUACAGACGAAGCUAAAGAAUAUGGAAAUUUAGAUGAAUGUUCAGCAUUUGCGUUUGAAAACUAUUUACAAACAUUAAAAAAAAUGGUAAGAUCAGGAAGGAGUCCCAUGGUACAAAUUGUGAAAAGAUUAGAUGAGCUUGAAAAAUUCAGUUGUACCAAGAGAGAAGAAAGUUUUCAAAGGUCAACUGUUCUAAAAUUUAAACAACCAAACAAUGCUUUUGUCAUGGACAAUAACCAGUGUUGUGCAAUCAUUUCAAGGACUCAACAAGUUGAUCCAAAUGAUCCUGAAAAAUUAUUGUUGCUGUGUAGAGUUUAUGAAAGAUCAGAACCACUUUUCCAUGCACCUUGUGAUUCGAGACUGAUUGGGGUUUAUAAAGCCUCACCAAGAAAUACUAGGAUGAAGCUCCUGUCACCUGAAAAGCUGGGCAAAAGGGCAAUGCUUAUAGAUAUGGACCAGAAUGAACCAGUAGCAUUUUUAACUAUACUGCAUGAAAUGUAAUGUGAAUGUCCAACCAUAAUGUGUAUGUUGUUGUUGAGUUUCUAAGAGAAAAAUCAGUUGGCGUGGUGCACUAAGCAUGGCUCGAGGGAUCUGGAGAGGAUGCAGUUUGUUAUUGGCCCCCAACCACAAUAAAUAUUACCCAAAGAAUUAGAAGAGGAGAGAUACCAGAUAAGGAAAGGUGGAGCGUCCACCCUAUUAGAACUUUUCAUCAUACAGAUGACUAUGAUAAAGCAGAUCAAUACUGCAAAAAGGUUGAAGUUACGAGUAAUGUCGAGUCAGACAUAGAGCAAGAAGUGGAACAGGGAAGAGUAAUAAAUAAGCCUGACAGAUUAAUCUCUGAUGAUUCUGAUGGAAAUAAUAGAGAAGAGCAUGAUAAUGAAAAAUUACCAGACUUACAUGCACAAAAGCAGAAAAGGUUUAAAAAAAGACAGCGUGAAGAAAAAAAUUCUGACAGUGAUGAAGAAAGUGGACAGGAACCAAGAAAAAAACUUCCAGCUGCACCCAAGGCUCCUACAUUUAUACCAAACAGAGAUGGGUCAAGGACACAGAAGUCAAGUCCUACUCCUAGGCCUGAUCAAUCUAGCCUCAUUUCACCUAAUAGAGAUGUAUCAAGAGGACAUAACUCAAGUUCUUCAUGUAGGCCUGAUCAAUCUAGGCUAAUUUCACCUAACAGAGAUGUAUCAAGAGGACUUAACUCAAGUCCUACAUGUAGGCCUGAUCAAUCAUUGGUGGUUACACCAAAUAGAGAUGUCUCAAAAAGACCAGACUCAACAUAUAGGCCUGUUCCGUCUACUAGUGGCCGAUCCAGACAAGAUUCCUCAUGUAACUGUCAAACUGUUAUUGUACAAAAAUUAAGAACCUUAGAGGAUGGCAUCAAAGAAAUCAAAACUGCCAUUGAACAGCUGGCUGCAACAGGAAAUGGUGGUGUUGUGGCCACUAAUAUUGUGGAAGAUGUUAUUCAGCACCCCAUUAACUAUAUACAUGAAAUGAGGGACCUUGCAGAUAAAAUGAAAGAUGAUCAUUUCAAGAAUAA